GAGGGGGAGGGUCUCCUUUGUUUGAGCGGCGGCAGCGGCGGCGGCCUGCGCCAAGGAGGAAGGGAGGAGGGGAGCUCGCCCCGCAAAGUCCCCGAAGGCUAAGAGCUUGGCCAACAGGGACAGCCCAGGCCCGGGUGGUUGAAUUACAGGGGGGCAGUCCCUGGGUAGGGGGAGGGUGCCAAGGGGCGCUCUGGGCCUGGAUGGUGAUAGAGUGGCUGAGGUGCACAGGGAGUGCCUCAGUCCAGAGUCGGGGUUCCUUGGGAGAAGGUGUCUGAACUAACAGGAUCGGGCUUCUGGGAUCUCACCUCAACCCCCCACCACACAGACAUGGCCCUGGAUCUGGAGGCCAGGAAGGGGUGGGGGUGCAAGGGACUCCUGCCUUGUCCCCUACAAUCACAACCCUCCCAGCGGCUUCAGCUUCCGAGUUCCUGCCUCGUCUCAGUGUGGCCUCACCCUCUUCCUUCCUCCCUCUUUAGCCGGCUCAGUUCGGGGAAGCUGCAGGAGUUUGGCGUGGGGGACGGCAGCAGGCUGACACUCGUGCCCACCGUGGAGGCAGGCCUCAUGUCCCAGGCCUCCAGGCCGGAACAGUCUGUGAUGCAGGCCUUGGAAAGCUUGACAGAGACACAGCCCCCAGCGGCGCCCGGGCCGGGCCGGGCUGGCGGAGGCGGCUUCCGGAAAUACCGAUUCAUUUUAUUUAAGCAUCCGUGGCACCGACAGGGACCCCAGAGCCCAGAGAGGGGCGGCGAGAGGCCCCAGGUCACGCGGCGUGGGGGGCCGGGCGUGGGCCGGGCGUGGGGAGGCGACCGGCCAGGGCCCGGGGGAGUGCCCACCAGCCCUGCCCCCACCUCGUCCUCACCUGUCACAGCUGGCUCUUUCCGCUCCCACUCGGCCUCCACCACCUGCCCAGAGCAGAUGGACUGUUCCCCCCCUGCCAGCGCUGGUGCCAGCCCCUCAUCCGCUCCUGGGAGUAGCCCCACCUCCCGCUCCCGAAAACCUGGCGCAGUCAUCGAGAGCUUCGUAAACCACGCCCCAGGGGUCUUCUCAGGGACCUUCUCUGGCACGCUGCACCCCAACUGCCAGGACAGCAGUGGGCGGCCGAGACGUGACAUCGGAACCAUCCUGCAGAUCCUCAAUGACCUCCUGAGUGCCACACGCCACUACCAGGGCAUGCCCCCGUCACUGACCCAGCUGCGCUGCCAUGCCCAGUGCACACCCGCCUCUCCCGCCCCGGACCUCGCCCCCAAAACUACCUCCUGCGAGAAGCUGGCGGCCUCGGCCCCAGCCUCCCUGAACCAGGCGCGCCUGUGCAAGCCCCCUGGGGACCGACUGCGGCAGACGGAAAACCGCGCCACGCGCUGUAAGGUGGAGCGCCUGCAGCUCCUGCUCCAGCAGAAACGGCUCCGCAGAAAGGCCCGGCGAGACGCCCGGGGGCCCCUACCGACCUCCUGA